GACCCAACUUCAAUGCUUCAAUUGAUUGUCGCGGCAAACCUUAGAUCAACCAUCUAUCUCAACGUCGCUGUACAACAACACUUAACAUGAAUGCGGUAGCGCUUGAGGAGACGAAUCGUCUCCGGGUUUCCCUGGGCAUGAAACCCUUGCCCGUUCCAGGCGCACCCGGUCCCCAAUUCAAAGAGGCGACUCCUCCCUCGGACGACGGAGAGGAGGCGGCAAGCACAUUGGAAACGCGCCAAGCAGCCGCCUACGACAACUACAUGAAAGUGAAGGACGCGGAGGACGAGAAGAAGCGACGCGAAGAGAAGAAGGCGGCCAUCAAGAAAGCGCGCGAUGCAUCGAAACGUUUCGAACGCCUGGAAGGCAAGGGGCUCGGCGAGGCUGACGACGAGGUCGAUGUCGAUGCCAAGUCAUGGCUGAAGAGCCAGAAGAAGCGCCAAAAGCAAAUCGACAAGGUACGAAAGAUGGAGGAGGAAAUGGCUGCUGCUGAGGCGGCUGCGGUAGCAGCGGUGCAGUACACAUCCAAGGAUCUGGCUGGUGUCAAGGUCGCCCACGAGAUUACGUCUUUCGAAGACGGAGACGAGCAGAUAUUGGUUCUGAAAGACUCAAAUGUGGUUGGGGAAGAUGAUGAAGAAGGCGAUGAGCUUGAGAACGUCGAGCUACGUGAACGGGAGAAGCUGAAUGAGCGACUCGAGCUCAAGAAGAAGAAGCCGGCGUACGACCCACAUGUUGUGGAAGAAACUGGCGAGAUUAACAUCUUGUCGCAGUACGACGAAGAGAUCAGCGGAAAGAAGAGCAAGAAAUUCACCCUAAAUGCCCAAGGAACCGGUAGCGCAGAAAUCGACGCGAUUGGCGGGCAGCCGCAAAACCGCAAAUUGCAAAUGAUCAACCUCGACAUCUUCCAAGACGACCAACCUGCCUCAGAUUAUCUGGAUUACACGGGUGUGAAGGUCAAGAAGCCGAAGAAGAAGUCCAAGUCCACGAGGCAACGCCCUAUUGACGAAGAUGAUAUACUUCCGCUGGAAGCAGAACCGCAAGAUCAGUAUAUGGAUAUUGAUUCAGGUGCUGGCUUUGUCAUCGGUAAGAAGCGGCGGGUUGAGGACACCGGAUUCGUCGAUGAUGAGGAUCUUCAAGCGACACUAGCUGUUCAAAGACGGGAUGUGUUAAAGAAGCGGAAGAGGACGCGGCCCGAGGACAUUGCGCGGCAGCUCAAAGAAGAGGCAGAUACGCUUGUUGCAAAGAACGAGGCUGAAGAAGCUCAAAAGGGUGGUCUCGUUAUUGACGAGAUUUCUGAAUUUGUCUCGGGUCUUAAGAGAGAAGACAUAGAAAAACGCAAACCUCGCACGUCCAAGACACCCAACCCUGAAACUGGCAAAGCCAUGGACGCCGAUUCCGAUGAGGAUGAACAAAUGAAGGACGCUGAUGAAGUGGAGGAACGCCAGCACGAGAUUUCGACCCUAGCGGAUAUCGGAACCGCCGGGGUAGAAGAAGAGAAGACCAUCGCAUCUGGUAUCGGCGCCACGCUGAAACUUCUAAGGGAACGUAAUUUGCUUAAGGAAAGUGACUCUGGUGAAAAGAACGAAAAGUUGCGUCAACAGGCAGCCUUCCUAGCAGAAAAGAAGCGCAGACAAGAGGAGAUCGAGCAACUGGCUCGCGACCAACGUGAGCGAGAUCGCACGAGCGGCAAGCUCGACAGGAUGUCGGUCCGUGAAAGAGAGGAGUGGGCGCGACAGCAGAACAACAUGCGUGAUCAACAGACCUCCCGACAGAUGGUGGAUCUUUUCAAUAAGAGCUACAAACCCAACGUGGAACUCAAGUACCAUGACGAGCAUGGCCGCUCACUAGACAAGAAGGAGGCAUUCAAGCAUCUCAGUCACCAAUUCCACGGCAAGGGAAGUGGUAAGGGCAAGACCGACAAAUACUUGAAGAAGAUGGAGGAUGAGAAACGCCGCGAAGCUCAGAGUAUGCUUGACGUUAGCCAGGAUGUGGGUAUGAGCUCUGCGACUGCUCAGCAGACCAAGAAACGGAAGGAGGCUGGAGUACGACUGGCCUAGAUGGCUUUGAUCAGGGCUACCCAAAGCUUCUUCCUGUGCCACUGUUUGCGACCUUGCACCAUCCCAUCACUCUUCCCUUUUGCAAGUUCUGCCGAAUAAGUAUGAAGUCAUACUUCGACUUUUAUUGAUUUGUUUCUUGGUCGUCCACAUCAUGGCUUUUGACUACUACGAUGCGUUUAUCCUUGGUCUUCCCCGGAAGUCUUGCCAAGCAACCAGGACAGCAUGCAUCUGGCUGUCCUUGAUAUGGCAUGCUUGAAGUCCCAGACAAGCUUCGAAACGGGUGGCUAGAAUGGCUUCAACUAAACUGGGUAUCUUUAAACCUGAUGUAAGUUCUUGAUGCGCUGAAUGACAUAGGUAUCAUCGGC